AUGGGCUCCGAAGUUGAAGGGAAUUGGGACAUUGUAAUCACGUCGCUCCAGGACAUUGCCACGGCCAACGAAUCGACAACAUUCGACUCCAUCUACUCCCACCACACGCCCGAGUCACUUCAGGCACUCGCCACCUCAGAAUUGAACCAGCUUCAAACGGACAUAGUCGACCAUAAAGCCAACGUGGCCACGGCCAAGCGUCUCAUCACCACGUCGUGUGAGAACUUGACUAGAUUAAUCGAGCAUUUACAAGCUGAAGAACAGCGCAAGGAAAAGGAAAAGAAGAAAGCCGAGGCCCUCGAGCAUGAAAUCUCGUCGUCGUCCGUUAGCAGCCCCAAUAAGCGGCUGGCCACCAACAAGGCUGCGGGCGGAGUCAAGAAGGCCAACAAGGCGGGAGGCAAGGGCAAGAAGAUCAAGAAGGUGGGCCGGUCAUUUUGGCAGUCGAAAUAUAACCCCAGCGAGCCGAUAUUUGUCGGGUCCGAAGUAGCAUUCAAGCUCCGUGGGCGCACAAACGAAUGGAUCCAGUGCCAAGUGAUGAAAAUCCUCGGCGAUGGCAUCAAGUUUGAGCUCCAGGAUCCGGAGCCUGACGAGAACAACAACAUCCAUCCGACGUUUAGAGCGACCUAUAAGGAGAUUUUGUUGAUUCCGCCUGGGGAUGACGCGAAAGAGUUGCCCAAUUACGCCUACGGCACUAAAGUGUUGGCACAGUACCCCGAGACCACCACGUACUACGCUGCCAUUGUUGUUGGGACUAAAAAGGAUGGGAUCGUGAGGUUGAAGUUUGAUGGCGAGGAGGAAGUGAAUAAAGAGACGGAAGUGAAGCGGAGAUUAGUGCUUCCUCUCCCUCAGAAGUAA